GAACCGCAUGCACCUUCGGAAGAUCCUCCUGCCGCACAAGCCUGCGGUCGCCCCGCCCGAACUGCCAGACUUCAAGGGGCCAGCAAAAGCCCCUGCGGCGGCGGAGGGCCUCUAUGAAGAUCCGGAUUUUCCAGCGACGGACGAAAGCUUGGGCGGCAUCACUGGCGACCAAGCGAACCCGCAGGUUUCGGAAUACCUGGUAGAGAUGAUGAAGCUCGUUGUCCCAGGCUGGGCGCGGCCGCACCAGAUGGUGGGAAAGCAGGCAGGAAAGUACAAGCUCUUCGCGACGGAGGGUGAGCCUUGUCUCUUCAAGCACGUGUCGCCAAGGGACAUCGAGCAAGGUUACCUCGGCGACUGCUGGCUUGUCUCUUCCUUUGCAGCCAUUGCUGAAUAUCCCGACCGCGUCCGCUCGCUUUUCAAGCAGAAUGAGUUGACAGCAGAUGGCCGCUAUGACGUCCGACUUUACGAUCCUCUCUCGGAGGAGUGGAAGGUUGUGACCAUUGAUGACCGCUUGCCUUACUGGCAACGGCCUGGCAAGCACGGGACGCUGUGCUUCGCGAAGCCUACCAAGGAGAACGAGUUCUGGACUUGCUUGCUCGAAAAAGCCGUUGCCAAGCUUGUGAAGUCCUACCACAGAAUCGACGGCGGCUUCGAAGCUGUGGCAUUGGAAAUGCUCACAGGCAAGCCAUCUCUCAACAUUCAAGUGAACGCUUUCGAGGGCGGCAUGCAUUCGCCAUACGUCCUCCUCUGUGGAACGGAUGAAGGCUCGGCAAAGCACGCUACAGUCUACAUGCGCUUGCAGAGCUACGAUGCUGACUGGGGCUACUGGGGUCAAGACGCUUCGGUGAUGUGCGAGGGCCAGUUGGAACUCUCAGAUGACUGGCUUUGGGGAAAGCUCUGCGCCUGGAACGCGCAAGGCUUCAGCCUCUGCUGUGGCACGCGUCAAGACUACAAGGGAAUUCUCAGUGGCCAUGCCUACACGCUCCUCCGACUGGUUGAGGUGCCCAUCCAGAGGGAUGGAAAGUCCUCGAUGCUUCGUCUACUUCACAUCCGGAACCCGCACGCCACCAAUGAAUGGUUUGGCCGCUUCCAUGACGACGACUGGGAGACAUGGAACGCAUAUCCCGAGGCUCUGAAAGCCACAGGGCACACCGUUGGCAUCAAGGACAAUGGGGUCUUCUGGAUGCCUUGGGAUGAGUUUAAGGUGGGCUACGAAGACAUUGCCGUGAACUUCGACAA